GCUUCAUACUGAUAUAGGGCUAAUAUAGCAAUCAAUCCUGCAAAUCAACCAUUAGUUGUUCAAUAUAUUUAUUCAGACAAUGUGAGUAUAAAUACAGAAAUCAUGCUCCCACCUAAGGCCAACGUUGCAAUAUUACAUAAUUUCCCUAAAAACUUACCAAAACGUAAAACGCUUUCAUUUCUGCUCCAGAGGCUCCCUACAACAACAUCUGAAAGGUCAAACAAAUACAUUCUAAUGUUUUUCUAGAUUUGGGCUUUACAGGGUUAAACAGCCAUGUGAUCAAACUUCCUGUGACGACCACCAGCAGAAUUGCUCUUCCAGUUUUAUUUACUGGGGAAACUGAAACCUAGGGAGAGUUCCCUCUACAAACACACACACAGAUCUGACACUCGACAGCAGCAGACUAACAGAGGACUUUGGACAUCCUAAUUGAGAGUCAAGUCCCAGGAUGAUGAAGAUAUCAGGAAGAGUCACUUGGUGCUGUGUAGCUCUGCUCCUCGCCCUGACCUCUGUGUCAGCUGUACAGAAGACGCUAAAAUCAAUCAAUGGUUUGAAGAGAAUCAACUUCGGCCAAUCUGUGCCCAAGCACAGUCUUCUGCUGCUCCACUGGUUUGCCAACGAGAUCGACAUCGACAACAACGAUAUUAUACAGCUGACCUUUGACCCAAACAGUGGAGAUUAUGGUUCCCAUCAUUAUGGCAACUUUGAGGAGCUGCUGUACCCACUGCCUCGGGGAAAUCAAUACCAGUACCUCACAAUUGGAAAUAUCCAUCAGAGAACGUCCAAUCCACUUCCAGCGUAUGUAGUGCAUCGCGUAAUGGAUUAUGAAGGACAAAAUAGGGACAGGAUCAUAGUUCGAGUCAGGGAGCAAAACCAAAGGCAAGCUUACCAGACGAUAGACCAAGUGUAUAUCACACAGCAUUAUGACACUUUGGAAAAUCAGGGUACACCUUAUGAUCCAGAUCAUACCUACAGCAUCACCACUAACCUCCUGAGACAGAUCAGAGAGUUUGCUCUGGGACAAAACCAACUGUCGUAUCUCAGAAACCGCUUUGGAAGCAGCGCUGAUGAUGUACAAAUCAGAAACGCAUGGGGUCCCCUUGCUUGCCUUGGACUGCUGCUGUAUAUUGUGAUCCAGGAAAAGCACUCCUCGAAGCAACAAAACAACCGACCAAAAAUCUACAACAAACCAGAAGACAACAUCAGAGCUGAAAGCGACCAUACUGAACAAAACAGAAGAAAUCCUAGAAAUGAGAGAGAGCACAAUGUUCCUAGAAAUGAGAGAGAGCACAAUGUUCCUAGAAAUGAGAGAGAGCACCACAAUGUUCCUAGAAAUGAGAGAGAGCACAAUGUUCCUAGAAAUGAGAGAGAGCACCACAAUGUUCCUAGAAAUGAGAGAGAGCACAAUGUUCCUAGAAAUGAGAGAAAGCACAAUGUUCCUCUAAAUGUCCAAAACCAGGGUUAUGUUGUAGUGAAUGUGGACAAUGAGGACAGUGUAGAAACAGAAUCAGACUGUUGCAACACCUAUAAAAUCCUGUAUACAUUUUUUUUUUGUUUUGUAUUGCCUGCAUAGUUGUAAUUGUAUCGGUUAUAAUCAUUUGGUCUUUUGUUAUGAAAAAAUUAAGAGAUACAAAAAAUGUAUCUUGAAGGCACCUGGGAAGAAAACCAAAACCCACUUGUGUAUCUAAGAGACUGCUCUGAAAGCAACACUGAUGAUUUCCACCUCACAAACACCGUUUUAAAAAAAAAGAACUACAAACCAGAAAACAGACUAAUUGAUUGGGGCUCUGCAUUAUUUUUUUUAUUUUGUUGUUGUCUAUUUCUGCAUUUUGAGUGCAUUUAGAAACAAAGAUAACAUUAAAACAGGGAGUGUAAAUAUAUUGUUUAACACCUGAACAUCCUGCAAGGGUUGUUCUGAUGUAUGUCUUGUUUCGUCUCCAUACUUUGGAUUUCCUUUGUGUACUAUUUCAUCUUUUUGGUGAACGGUGUUAGUUUAGAUCGACAUAUAGACUUGGUAUACAGUAACAUGCUUUGAAUGAAAAGUUAAAUUCUUUCAUCUUCAAAUCUCAAACUGUGCGUUAUGAACAGUGCGUUAGUCUUCAGGGCCCAGUAGUUCAAAACUUUUAAUCUCAAUCAGAUCCGAUGAGAUUUUGAAAUCCCAUUUUUUGUGAUCCAGGAUCAGACAACUCGGCCAGAUUUUGUCCCAGUAUUUCAAAGCAAUUCAGGAUAGGAUCACCCUGAUCCAGAUUCAGACUUUUCAAGAUUACUAGAUCCUGAAUAUCAGUGCUUUAAUCCACCGAUCUCCAUCUAGUGGAUAUUGAAAAAUAAUUACAAGGGAAGACACCACAUUGCAGAGACAUCUAUUGUCCGCAAUUACUUUUGAAAGAUGAAGACAGAUGACUUUUUUUGUUGAAGAUAUUUUUUCUUUAAUCUAAAUUACAUUUGUGCUCGACAAUCUUUGUUGUGAUACUUUUAUGAGCAUAAACAUUUGUCAUCAACAUUUGGUUGGUUGGUAGGCCACCACAAACGUGACCAAAAAUUGAAAAAUAAAAUUGAUUUGCCAUGAAGGCUAAACAUUGUGUAUUAUUUAAGUUAACAAACUUUGCCAUCUAACUAACCAAAAUCCAAAUCUGAUCCGAUCCGAUCAGAAUUAAAAGUUUUGAACUACUGGGCGCAGGAUAUUUAGAACUUCAUAGCUCAAUGUAUUCAUAAAUACAGUUUGUAACGGCAGGGUUUUUUCUUUAUAAUUUGAACUGAACACAUUUGCUUUUAUUUCAUAUUAUAACGCACUGCUUUGACACGGUAAUAAAGGUCUAGGGUUCAGCGUUAAUAAUCCAAGAGCAAUGAUUAACUGAUGACCUUUACAAUGUCUGAUACAGAUGAAUAGAAUAAAAUGUCACUUAUUAAAAAAUGAAACUGUGUGAAUUA